GUUAUGUUUUAUUAGACAUUAUUCAUUAGUUAUUGUGUGUAAUUGUCACAGGAUGGAUGAGAUAUAUGACUUCUUAAAAUCACGGGAUGUUUCAGAGGAAGUCAUACAACGACUGCAAAAGGAUAAGAUUGACUCCAGUGUCCUUCUGCUCAUGACAGAUGAGCAGCUUAAGGAGUAUCUCCCAUCUUAUGGUGACCGACUGGCACUUCUCGGAUAUUGCAGACGAAGGGAAAAUGAUCCUGCUGGCCGGAAAUCAAAACUUUUUGACCGAUUGAGAGCCAAGAUUUCAAGGAACAAAGGCAACGUUCAAAAGCAGAUCUCAGAAAAUGUUAGCAUCAGAAAUGCUCAAAAAACUGUUCGAAAAGUUGAGAUAGGAUGGAUGAAUUCUCGAGAUGGGGAGCUUUUACAAGUUCGGACAAAGAAAGGUGGUGGAACAAGAAAAAUUGAUGUCAAAGGACUGUAGAAAAAAUGACUUAAUUGAAAAGGCAGUGGGUUUGUUUUUUCCGUCUCAAAGAAAUUCACAUGGAAGAAUUACAGAUUUUGAGGUUGACAUGACAGAUUUCCAGGAACAUUCACUUGAUGAACAUAUUACAGUUGGAGAACUUUAUGAGCAGACAAAACUACCUGUUUUGCGUUUUUACCUAACAACCAAAAAGAAGGACACUGGCAGCGACUCAGAACCAGACAACCCCAGUGGAAAUGACCAAGACACUUUAAGGUUUUCUACUCACUCUCAAGUUUGCACACCACUGACUCGAUCCAAAGCACCAGACAGCAUUGAUGCCACAUAUGUUGGAACCAGCAGUGUCCUGACAAACAGCAGCAGUAAUAAUGUUCACCUAGUUUACUUUAGUGAUGACAUGGGUGAUUUGUCCAAUGUCCAAGAGCUAGAUGCAGGAAUCAGUGGGGACAUUUUAGAAGACAGUGGCACUGUUACCUUUUUCACAGGACACAUUUCUGACACAGAUAAUGUCAGUCUUGAUGACACCCUUCCUCUGUCUCCACAGCCAUCUAGUCCAGUGCUUUCUUCUUCACAAUUUGAUUCUUUGAACGAGCCAAUUGUUCAGAGAGAAGGGAUUAAGAAAAUCCUUGUUCUUCACCGUGGCCAGAUCCUGAAAGAACUAAUUUCACAUUUUUGUGAUCCAGGUGUCACUCAGGAGGACAUAUGUAUUCAAGUGGUGCUCCCUGAUGGAAGGCGAGAAAAGGCUGUUGAUGAUGGAGGAGUUUUGAGGGAUGUCCUCUCAGAAUUUUGGCAGGACUUUUAUGAACAGUGUACAAUGGGCAAUAACUUUAAGGUGCCCUACUUGCGUCAUGAUUUUGGACAGCAACAAUGGGAAAGCAUUGGCCGAAUUAUUGCCUUUGGCUGGCAAAAACAGAAGUACCUGCCUAUAAAACUUGCUCCAGUAAUACUGGAACAAGCAGUUCUUGGUUCUAUAAAGAGUCCUCUUGUUGAUAGCUUCUUAAGGUAUGUUACAGAGUACGAUCGGAUGUUGUUUGAAUCUUGCCUUUCAGAUUUUCAGAGUGUUGACAAAGAAGAGCUUCUGGAAAUCAUGGAUAUCCAUAACUGUCGAAGAGUACCAACAGCUGAUAACAUAGAGCUACUACUUGAGGAGCUUGCCCACCAAAAGCUCAUUCAGGAACCUGCCUUUGUUAUUGAGCAGUGGAGCACUGUCCUUUCCCCGCUGAGGUCUGAGAUGGAAAGUAUUACAGCUGCAUAUGAAAAUCUCCAGCCAACAUUAAGAAAGGUUAUAAAUUCAAUUGUAUACCCUGUAGUCAUGAAUGCACAGCAAAAAAACAUCAGCAAAUAUUUAAGUUCUUAUCUCAGAGAAUCAGACUCACAACACCUGUCACUUUUUCUGCGGUUCUGCACAGGAUCUGAUUUGUUUCUUCAAAAAACUAUCAGUGUUAGCUUCACUCAACUUCAAGGUAUUCAGAGACGGCCAGUUGCCCACACAUGCGGUUGCUACCUAGAGUUGCCAGUUAAUUAUGAUAACUAUCCAGAGUUUCGACACGAAAUAAACAAGGUCCUAGAAAGUAGUGUAUGGGUGAUGGAUAUAGUCUAACAGACUUCAGCUGAAGAAGAUGUGAGUUUAAGGAAUCUUUGGUAACACCUUAUUUGAAGGGGUGUGCA